AUCAGAUUUCACACGCUCAAAAACUUGGUAUGUGGCAGUGGCACCUCGUCCUCGGUCGGAUCGAUCUCUCUCUGUGACAGGUCCCAUUCUUGUGCCGUCGACCUGGUCUAUCACUCUGCUCCAGAGCAAAGAGAUCCGUAGAUCUCACUCCGCGGCUCCGUAUUAUAGAGAACCUUAACUUGGUUUGAUUCCGGUCGGUCAUGGCUCCUCCCGCGCAGUCUCAGCGGUCACCCUCACCGUCUCAACCUUCCGGGAAAGGUGAAGUAUCCGACUUGAAAUCACAGCUCCGGCAGCUCGCUGGGAGCCGAGCACCGGGCAUUGAUGAUUCCAAGCGGGAGCUCUUCAAGAAAGUGAUCUCCUACAUGACGGUUGGCAUCGACGUCUCGUCCCUUUUCGGGGAGAUGGUGAUGUGCUCAGCAACUUCGGACAUCGUCUUGAAGAAGAUGUGUUAUCUCUAUGUUGGGAAUUAUGCCAAAGUCAAUCCUGAUCUCGCGCUGUUGACCAUCAAUUUCCUUCAAAGAGAUUGCAAGGAUGAGGACCCGAUGAUUCGAGGGCUUGCAUUGAGGAGCUUGUGUUCAUUACGAGUAGCAAAUCUUGUAGAGUAUUUGGUGGGACCCCUAGGGUCAGGGUUGAAGGACAAUAAUAACUAUGUGAGGACAGUGGCAGUAAUGGGGGUUUUAAAAUUGUAUCAUAUAUCAGCUUCAACGUGUGUUGAUGCAGAUUUUCCUGCAAUGCUAAAGCAUUCUAUGCUUAAUGACUCAGAUGCUCAGGUGGUUGCAAAUUGUUUGUCUGCCCUACAAGAGAUUUGGAGCUCAGAAGCAAGUUCCUCUGAGGAAGCAUCCAGGGAGAGAGAAGCUUUGCUUAGCAAGCCAGUUGUGUACUACUUUUUGAAUCGGAUUAAGGAAUUUAGUGAGUGGGCCCAAUGUCUUGUACUUGAGUUGGUUGGUAAAUAUGUACCCUUGGAGACGAGUGAGAUAUUUGACAUCAUGAAUCUACUUGAAGAUAGGCUUCAGCAUGCAAAUGGUGCCGUAGUCUUAGCAACCAUCAAAGUUUUUCUGCAAUUGACUUUGUCCAUGACUGAUGUUCAUCAGCAGGUAUAUGAACGUAUUAAAGCCCCUCUCUUAACCCUAGUAAGUUCAGGAAGUCCAGAGCAGUCAUAUGCAGUUUUGAGCCACCUGCAUCUCUUGGUGAUGCGUGCACCAUAUAUAUUUUCCUCAGACUACAAACACUUCUAUUGCCAGUACAAUGAACCAUCUUAUGUCAAAAAGUUAAAGCUUGAAAUGUUAACUGCAGUGGCCAAUGAGAGUAACACUUAUGAAAUUGUGACGGAGUUAUGUGAAUAUGCUGCGAAUGUUGAUAUUCCUAUUGCAAGAGAGUCAAUUCGGGCUGUAGGGAAGAUAGCACUGCAGCAAUAUGAUGUGAAUGCCAUUGUUGACAGGCUUCUUCAGUUUUUGGAGAUGGAAAAGGACUAUGUUACUGCUGAAGCUCUGGUACUUGUGAAAGAUCUUCUAAGGAAAUAUCCACAAUGGAGUCAGGAUUGCAUUGCAGUUGUUGGGAAUAUUAGCAGCAAAAACGUUCAAGAACCCAAGGCUAAAGCAGCUCUUAUAUGGAUGUUGGGAGAAUAUUCUCAGGACAUGCACGACGCUCCUUAUAUAUUGGAGAGUUUGAUUGAUAAUUGGGAAGAAGAACAUUCUGCUGAGGUUCGCCUACAUCUACUCACUGCAGUAAUGAAGUGUUUUUUCAAGAGGCCACCAGAGACUCAGAAAGCCUUGGGAGCUGCAUUGGCUGCAGGUCUUGCUGAUUUCCAUCAGGAUGUUCAUGAUAGAGCCUUGUUCUACUACAGGCUUUUGCAAUACAAUGUAUCUGUAGCACAACGUGUGGUGGACCCUCCAAAGCAAGCCGUUUCAGUCUUUGCUGAUACUCAGAGCAGUGAAAUCAAAGACCGCAUAUUUGAUGAAUUUAACAGUUUAUCUGUUGUGUACCAGAAGCCAUCCUACAUGUUCACUGAUAAGGAACACCGUGGUCCAUUUGAGUUUUCAGAUGAACUUGGAAAUCUAUCUAUUGGCGCAGAAUCAACAGAUACUGUUGUUCCAGCACAGAGAGUUGAGGCAAAUGACAAGGAUCUACUUUUAAGUGUUUCAGAAAAGGAGGAAAGUGGAGGUCCUAGUAACAAUGGAUCUGCAUAUAGUGCUCCUUCAUAUGACGGUUCGUCUGUGUCUGCUGCAGCUUCUUCACAAAUGUUAUCAGAAUUGGCAAUUUCCACUGUAACAGGGCAUGCUUCGCAAUCCAGUCUGGCUAUUGACGAUCUGCUGGGCUUAGGUCUACCAGUAGCACCAGCACCUGCUCCUUCACCUCCUCUUUUGAAGCUUAAUUCAAAAGCUGUUUUAGAUCCUGGCACUUUUCAGCAAAAAUGGCGCCAACUGCCAAUAUCAUCAUCGCAGGAAUAUUCUGUUAGUCCUCGUGGAGUUGCAGCAUUGACAGCACCUCAAACCCUCCUCCGGCACAUGCAAGGCCAUUCCAUCCACUGCAUUGCAUCAGGUGGUCAAUCCCCUAACUACAAGUUCUUCUUCUUUGCACAGAAAGCAGAGGAAUCGUCCACAUUUCUCGUAGAGUGUAUAAUCAACACAUCAUCGGCCAAAGCACAAAUAAAGAUCAAAGCUGAUGAUCAAAGUGCAUCCGAGGCCUUCUCAACUCUGUUCCAAUCAGCUUUGUCUGAAUUCGGUUUGCCAUAAGGAUCUAAGUAUAUCUCUUCUGGGCCAAUGCAAAAGUAGGUUAGUGUUUAUCAUGGAAACUCCCCAGCCUCCUGUGAAGAAGAAGCUGGAAAUGAAAUAAAGAGUGGUACAAGGAUCUUCCCUUUCAGCAGUAGAUAAGUGUGUCAUACAACUGAAGGCGAGGUUUUCUUCCCUCCAACCCAAGCCGCCACCUCUCUUUCUUUUUUUUCCCCAACCCACAGCUUAGUUCCUACGUUCUCCAAACCCAUCCUUUCCCAAGCUCGAUUGCAGGGCGUUUCAUUGCGAGGAACACGAGCCAUUCUUACCGUUGUGCAGUUAGGCUGGUCUUUGUUUUCUUUUAUUUACCGUUUCUGGGAAGGUGACUUUUUCUGUGCCAUGAUUUGAAGCUGGCCUGAAGAGUUCUGUACUUUCUUGUAUCGGAAAU